GAGUCUGUUUUCAUUUUGUUUACAGGAAUAGUUAUCUGCUUAGUCUCAUCCUUCAUAUUUGGCAAUCUGAGGAAAAGGUCUGAGCCAGCAUGAAGACAGGAUCUCCUCUUCAUUAGAGAAAAAGGUUUGUAUGCAGUUACUGCGUACUAAUGAUGUGUUGUGAUCACUUAGCUUUCUGCCUGACGCAGUUCAUUUCAAGGAGUGCACGAUGACAGAGCGUGGAAUUAAAUGGGCUUGUGAGUAUUGUACGUAUGAAAACUGGCCAUCUGCAAUCAAAUGUACCAUGUGCCGUGCCCAGAGGCCUAGUGGAACAAUUAUCACAGAAGAUCCAUUUAAAAGUGGUUCAAGUGAUAUUGGUCGAGACUGGGAUCCUACAAGUACUGAAGGUGGGAGUAGUCCUUUGAUAUGUCCGGAUUCCAGUGCAAGACCAAGGGUUAAAUCAUCUUACAGUAUGGAAAGUGCAAAUAAAUGGUCGUGCCACAUGUGCACGUACUUGAACUGGCCAAGAGCGAUAAGAUGUACUCAGUGCUUGUCUCAGCGUAGGACCCGGAGUCCCACAGAGUCUCCUCAGUCUUCAGGGUCUGGUUCGAGACCAGUUCCUUUUUCUGUCGAUCCGUGCGAGGAAUAUAAUGACAGAAAUAAACUGAACACAAGGGCUCAGCACUGGACUUGUUCUGUUUGUACAUAUGAAAACUGGGCAAAGGCCAGGAAAUGCGUUGUGUGUGAUCAUCCCAGACCUAACAACAUAGAAGCAAUAGAACUGGCAGACACUGAAGAGGCUUCUUCAAUCAUAAAUGAGCAAGACAGAGCUCGGUGGAGGGGAAGCUGUAGUAGUGGUAAUAGCCAAAGAAGAUCCCCACCUACAACCAAACGUGAGUCGGAUGUGAAAAUGGACUUCCAAAGAAUCGAAUUGGCCGGAGCUGUUGGCAGCAAGGAGGAACUUGAAGUUGACUUCAAAAAACUAAAGCAAAUAAAAAAUAGGAUGAAAAAGACUGACUGGCUGUUUCUAAAUGCUUGUGUUGGAGUUGUAGAAGGUGACUUAGCUGCUGUUGAAGCCUACAAGUCAUCAGGAGGAGAUAUUGCCCGCCAGCUCAGUGCUGAUGAAGUACGCCUGCUAAAUCGCCCGUCUGCUUUUGACGUGGGGUACACACUUGUACAUCUGGCAAUCCGCUUCCAGAGACAAGACAUGCUAGCAAUUCUGCUUACAGAGGUAUCACAACAUGCAGCAAAGUGCAUUCCUGCCAUGGUGUGUCCAGAGGUCACGGAACAAAUCCGUCGUGAAAUUGCUGCAUCUCUCCAUCAGCGGAAAGGAGACUUUGCUUGCUAUUUUCUGACUGACCUUGUCACCUUCACGUUACCUGCAGAUAUUGAAGACUUACCGCCCACAGUCCAAGAAAAGCUAUUUGAUGAAGUACUUGAUAGAGAUGUUCAGAAAGAGCUCGAAGAGGAAUCUCCUAUUAUCAACUGGUCACUGGAAUUGGGUACACGCUUGGACAGCAGAUUAUAUGCACUUUGGAAUCGGACUGCAGGGGACUGCCUGCUCGAUUCAGUCCUACAAGCCACUUGGGGCAUUUAUGACAAGGAUUCAGUGCUGCGGAAAGCUCUUCACGACAGUUUACAUGACUGCUCACAUUGGUUCUAUACACGCUGGAAAGACUGGGAAUCGUGGUAUUCCCAAAGCUUUGGUUUACAUUUCUCCUUGCGAGAGGAACAGUGGCAGGAAGAUUGGGCAUUCAUACUCUCUCUUGCAAGCCAGCCUGGAGCAAGUUUGGAGCAGACACACAUUUUUGUACUUGCACAUAUUCUUAGAAGACCAAUCAUAGUUUAUGGAGUAAAAUAUUAUAAGAGUUUCCGAGGAGAAACGUUAGGAUAUACUCGCUUUCAAGGUGUGUAUUUGCCUUUGUUAUGGGAACAGAGUUUUUGUUGGAAAAGUCCUAUUGCUCUGGGCUACACGAGGGGCCAUUUCUCUGCUCUGGUUGCCAUGGAGAACGAUGGGUAUGGCAAUCGAGGUGCUGGUGCUAACUUGAACACUGACGAUGAUGUUACUGUUACAUUUCUACCCUUGGUGGAUAGCGAGAGGAAAUUAUUGCACAUUCACUUCCUUUCUGCUCAAGAGAUAGGUAACGAGGAGCAGCAAGAAAAGCUGCUUCGGGAGUGGCUGGACUGCUGUGUGACAGAAGGAGGGGUCCUGGUGGCCAUGCAGAAGAGCUCUCGCAGGCGCAACCAUCCUCUGGUCACCCAGAUGGUGGAGAAGUGGCUCGAUCGCUACCGGCAGAUCCGCCCUUGUACUUCCCUUUCUGAUGGCGAGGAGGACGAGGAUGAUGAUGAUGAAUGAUGGGUGAAUUUGGAAAAGCAAAUUACCAGCACGUAGUGUCUGACCUGGAGUUAGCGUUGUGCUAUAGCUGUUUGUUGUGGAACAACCUAAUUCUAGAAGAAACAUGCUGCAAAGGAUUGUUCUAACCAGCAUGGGGAGAGUCUAGAAGCUCAUCUGCUGCGUGGAGAGCACUAAAUGGGCUGGACUACAGUUUGUACAAAACAAAAGAGAAACAAAACACCUAAUUUUAUUAUCAAGACAGAAAAAAAAAAAACCAACCAACAAACACUUUUCUUUCUGAUUGUAAAUCUGUCUAUAAAUGUACCGCAUGUGGUUGUGUAAGAGAUUGUGUAAUAGGAGAAGUAUACCAGCAUCUUAAUUAUUGCAGAGAAAUUUUUCAGAUAAGGGCACUUACAAAGCACACGUUAGGUGGAUAUCUCUUCCCUCUGAGAUUCUUUUACAGUAGAACUUGGCAUUCUACGUCACCUUUAGAUACUCUGACAUAUUUCUGUGAAAGGCCCUUUCAUGUGAGAGCUCACUGGUGCCCGGGUCAGAUGGUGAGGUUUUUUUGUUUGCACAAAAUAUCCACAGCAAGUCAUAAACAAAAACCACGUUCAUUUUACUAAUAGUUCAGUUACUGCUGUGCCCACAAAUAAAACCUGAACUCUGUGGAACAAACUGGAAGAGAAGCUAAAUUUUUCAUGGAGUGAAAUGAUUUGUUUCCUGAAAAAGUCUUUUUGCUUUUUUUUUUUUUCCCAUCCUUUCAUAGUUAGAUUCCUUUCAAUAUACUUAACGAUAUUUAUUCACAGAUGUGACCUGAAGCAUAGGGAUUUGAUUCCAGUACGUAUAUACUACAUGGAAUUGUGUGAAAUCUGAGAACUCGAGCUGUGAUUGGGAGUUUUACAUUGUCAGAGCUCCAUUCUUGCUGUGACACAAACUAUAUAUUGUUCCAUCACUUAUUCUUUCAUCAAUUCAAACGUUGCUGCAAAUGAAAAAACAUCUGUUUCAAGGGUUGCUCCUUGGGUCGUUCAAUCUAGUGAGAAUCCACUCGGCAGCUCUAAUUAAAACAGAGGAAUCUGUGCUGAAGCUGUUUUUAAAAGCACCGUGUUAUGUAUUUCUCAGUAUGUAACCCUGGGAAUUUCUUGCAUGUCGAUUGAUGUGGCCAUACUUAAACUUAUGUAAGUUCCUAAGAUUGUAAGUUCAGAGUAUAUUCUCCGGUAGAAAUCUUAUUAUAUUUGAUAACUUUAGCCAUGUAACCUGUAAUGGAUAAAGUUUAUCUAAAAAGCUCACGUAAACACUAAAGGUUAAUGCCAGUUUUUACAUAUACAGUGCAAUUCAGGUUUUCUUGAAAAGCACUUUGGAUGGUGUGGUGGUUCCGUAAGGAAUUUUGCAGUAGAUGCAAUUGUUGAAAUUAGGAUUUGGAAAGAAGCCCCAUAGCACAUAUUUUUAUGUAGUGGAGAGCUGUGGAAACCCUGAGGAACUUGCUGCCUUUUUUUCUUCCAAAUGCUGCUUAGAUGGUGUUGAAAUGUGCACAACUCCUCCAUAAACUUGGUGAUGGCACCAGAAGUACAGAGAGAAGAAGUACUGUAUUGACUUAGCAAUUUUCCCACCGCAGAUCCCACUGAGGUUCGUUAGGAAACGCCUUCAGAUUUUUUGGCCAUUCUGUCUCCUCUGAUUGGUGCAUGUGCAAAACGUCAGGUAAAAGAGUGCAUGUUUAUUGCAGUGUGUGUAUGAUUGACCUGAACUGGCAGGCAAGCUGCUGACACUGAAGAGGUUUUUUGACGCACAUACGGCCCCGUUCCAAGUUUGCUUUCUAAGUUGGUAUUCUUUUCAUUCUUUUUCUUAACUUGCAGCAAAGCCCUUUUACCCCUUGUCUUCUGCUGGCUAAAGCUGGGCUGUCGGGGAGCUGCAGCAGCGUGUGCUGGGAUGAGAGCAGCGUUGGUCCCUGCAGCGCUGCCCCUGUGCACACCAGCACUGAAUGGAUGGAAGGAGAAGCUCCUGCCUCCAUCAGGCUACUCAGAGGGCUGUGUGAUGUGCCCCCUGCCCCUUAUUUCCACAGUAAUGUUCUGCUGAAGGAAGCGAUGCUUCCUUGUAACACGGGGACAAUAAUUAAUGUGAAACCUACCCUGAGCUUCGUGUGGGCAGCCCGCAGCAUCCCCAGCGAGGGGAAGCUCACCAUGCAGUCAGUGCCAGCUGUUGUUAAGGCAUGCAGCGCGCUCCGUGUGGCUGUAGCUCUGGUGUGAGAGGGCAGUCCUGGUACUUCAGAGCUCCUGGCUUUCUUAAUCACUAUUGUUUUGUUCCCAUGUGCUGUACAGUGGUAUGUUCAGGUUAAUGAGCUUCCUGGGUCCGUUUGGGACUGGGGAAGUUAUCUUCUUUUCAAAAUCAAAGUGAUCCAAACCUCAUGUACUUGUAGAUUAAAGAGAUGCAAACCCUGCUUUGUGCUA